AUGUCGACUACUCGUUUGCUAUUGGCGCUUCUGGCGAUUCUCGCCCUCUCAUGCCAAACUGACGCCAGAAUGCUCCAAGCAGUCCCCGCCAUUCCCGCCGACCCCGCCAUACCUGCCGACCCCGCCAAUCCCACCAACCCCGUCACCAUCACGGAUCCCAUCGUUCCCGCCGUCGAGCCAAGGACCUUGGAAACUACCGACAUUCCCGAAACUACCGCCGCCGCGCCGAACCCGAAAACGAGAGGAGCCGCUGGCCACAAGGUCGAUGCGCCCGCUCCCAAGGGGAAGGUCGAUGCGCCAACCCCCAAGGGCAAAGCCCCCGGGGGUAAGGCUGCUCCCGGCGGAAAGCAAGCGCCGGGCGGAAAGCAAGCGCCGGGCGGAAAGCAAGCGCCGGGCGGAAAGCAGGCGCCGCGCGGAAAACAGGCGCCGGGCGGAAGGCAGGCGCCGGGCGGAAAGCAGGCGCCGGGCGGAAAGCAGGCGCCAGGCGGAAAGCAGGCGACAGGCGGAAAGCAGCAGGGCACAGGCACAAUCCGCGGACCGAAGGCGCAUCCCGCCCCCAGCCCCGCCCCCAGCCCUGCCGCUGGUCCCGCACCCGGUCCCGCGGUCGCCCCCAGCCCCAGCCCCGCGGAAAGCAAGAAGAGACCGCUGGGGCAGAAGGUGGGGAAGGUGGGAACCGUCCUCCGCGGAUCGUCCGUCAUCACCGCUGCCGGCGGCGACGAGAACGCGACGGGCAACGCGAUUCUGACCGUCUAUAAAAGCGGCGCGAAGAUGAGCGUCAGGUAUAUCCUAUCCGUGCGCCGCGUGUCGGCGGCCCAGCUGCCGAUGGGUGCGACGAUCAACAGCGGCGGCAGCAACGCGACUGGGCCCGUGGUGGUGGAUUUCGCCGGAGCUGAUUGGGUGAACACGACGGGCGUCGUUCGCACACAGGCCGGCGACGUCGUUCUCGCGUCGUCCGUCGCAGAGAACUCGUCGGACGCGGCUGUCGCCGACGCCGCGGAAGAAUAUCUCAGCUAUGCAACGACUGGAGUGUGGGAAGACGUCGCCAACAUUCGCACGGCCUCUGGCGAGGCCCUUUCCACCGUGUUCGAGAAAAUUCUGGCUGACCCGGGCAGCUUUUACCUGGUUGUCGCAACCCCGAACUUCAGCGAGGGGGCUGUGCGCGGGCAGUUGCGCAAGGGCACUGGCGCAACUGUGCUUCCGCCCGGCCAUCAGCGCCAGUGGGAGCAACGGGGGAAGAAAAAGGCGGGCAAGGGGGAGAAGGGGAAACCGCCCCGCAACUAG